AUGACAAUUAUUAAAAACCUUAUACGAACUUAUUGGGUGUUUCUGUGCUCUCCCCGUGUAGUGUCAUUGUCUGACGUCACAGCUCAUAUUACCCCCACUUCGGUGACGUCACCGGUGUCUACCGCCGCGAACGUAACGAUGUCAUCUACAAAAACAUCGAAUCAUGAUCCUGACGUGGCAUUCCCUGCUGUAUUGAAAGGGUCUCAAAAGCAGAGAGUGCCGCCUCCAGUGCCCCCUAGGGGUUCACCGAAAGCGAAACGCGGCGGUGGGAACUCGCAAACUUCCAGUUUGGAUACCAAAGGUGAUUACCCCAAUCUGAGUAUAUCCGUGAACGAUAUCCCUCCGCAAACACCCUUUACAAGCAGCGAUGACGAUUUCUGCUUCUAUGGGCAUGAUUUUAAGUUCACAGAGCCUGUUGCAUGCCGCAUCCCUCCGUCUGUGUCCGAACAUUCUGUUAAAUUGACGAAACUCGUUGCAUCCAACUCUUUCUUAGACUUCGUCGAAGAAGGAGAUAGUAUAACCGAGAGGUCGCGUCCUGGUAAAGAUUUGAUAGCGCAAACUACUAUGAUGGCCAAGUUUAAUGUCGAUAAUGCUGUCAGAGAACACUUGGAUACUGGAAACUAUCAAGAUACUUCAUUCACAGAUUCUAGUAGUGAAGAGAGAAUAGUGGUUUACGAAGUUGAAGAUGAACAUAAUAAAAAUGAAGUGAUGGGAUUAAAAGAUGAGGAUAGUAUUGACUUAAAGGGCAGACAGUCCAAAAGUCCGACUCAAUUUAUUAAAGGAGUCGUUUCCCAUAUAGGUGACAAACUGUCGCGUAAAUCUCCUAUGUCUUUAGAGAUACCAGGCGAAAGAUUUAGUGUCCAUAAUGUUAAAUCAUCUGAUUUAAUAUCAGCAGCGAAAGCUUUGAGAAAAACUCCCAGAUCUGAAAGGCAUACGAGUCAAAGCGAAUCAGAUAGAGCAGAAACAGAAAAGAAGUCUGACGGAUAUGAUGCAAAUGCAAAGCCUGGACUAAUGGCUGGUUUGACUAAACGGUUAAAUUUCAACCAAUCUAAGAGAGAUAGAAACAGAGUGCACGACACGAAAAAACCUAAACCAAAAGUUGUAAUAAAAACUUAUAAUGAACAACACUCUAAGGGUAUGACGAAAGACGAAGUGGUGUGCCACAGGAAAGCCAAAACCAAAAUUGAUAUGUUCCAAAAACACAUUUUGAAAGUACAAUCAGACUCAGAAAACAGUUCUAGAAGGAGUUCGUUUUCAUCUUCCCAGGACAGUAAAAUAUCUCAUAAGACUCCUGAUUUGGGCAAGAAAAUUUUGGUCAAGGAAGCUAGAAAGAGGUUUGAGCCGAUUCAAUACGGUAGCUCAAGUUCCAUAGAUAAGAAAUCCAAUUACUCCCUAAGCGUUACUACAGUUAAUCCGAUCAUUUCGAAAUCCAUAAGUGGUAACGUUCAUGAUAAAAUAAAAAAGUUUACCGAAGCGACAGUUUCUGAUUCAAAAGUGCCACACAAAGUGCCAAGGCAGAAAAAGAGAGCCAGUUUCAAAAAAAGAUCGGAAAAGAGGAACAUUUUCAAAAUGAGAAAAGAAGUGGAAGAAGUAUUAUAA